GCCACUGGAAUCCUGAUGUUGGUAGUAGGAAUCUGGGGGAAGCUGGGAAUGGAGAAGUACCUCCAGCUGUCCACCACCAACUUCACUAGCGCCCCCUACGUGCUGAUCGGUGUGGGCGGCUUCAUCGUCCUGCUGGGUUUCCUGGGAUGUUACGCCACGGCUAAGGGCAACACUGUCCUGCUGUAUAUUUAUUCCUUCUUUCUGUUCAUCAUCUUCGUUGCUGAGCUGGCUGCCGGCAUCUCUGGGUUCAUCUUCAGAGGAAAGCUCCAGGAUGGGUUCAGUGAUGGACUGGACAAGGCCCUGGCUGCCUACAACCCCGCUCAGGACAAGAACCAGGCUAAACUGGUGGACGAUCUGCAGAGCCAGCUGAAGUGCUGUGGAAAGGAGCAGUACUCGGACUGGUACAAACAGCCGUGGGCCGGCGGGAACAACAACGUGCCUCUUAGCUGCUGCAAGGACCAGAACAAGUGUGUGCACCAAGGACUGACUAACUCUACUACUACUGACAUCUACACUGUGGGCUGCUACAAGCUGGUGGUGAGUGCCAUCAACUCUAACCUGGGCAUCAUCGGGGGCAGUGCUGUGGGCAUCGCCUUCUUCCAGGUGAUCGGAAUGCUGUUUGCCUGCUGUCUUGCCCGGAACAUCAACCAGCACAAGUACGAAAUGGUCUGAGACAACGGAGAAACUACCAACCACUCGUCUUACAUCUCCUCCUGUACCUCUGUCAUUCCCUCACCCCCCUCGGGUCAUGGAAUCUUCCAAACUGAUGCUAGACUUGUGUAAUAUCUGGUAAAGUCUACGUAAGAAAUGGGGGGUUAGGGAACACAGAUGUGCAGGAGUAGAAUUCCGCUGCUGUUUAAUCCAUGUUAAUAUAUAUAACAGUAUCUUCUCUCCAUUGGCCUGUAUUGUAUAAAAAAAUUCAAUGUUUGCGGACUUGUUACUCGGAACUUAGAAUUGGGCGAAAUAUUAAUAAAUCAGAUUGUGUCAAAGAGAAAAGAGGGAAUUGAUUUUAACAGUAUUAGAAUAUGCAGCACAAAGACAUAAGCUACUGGGUCAGCCUGGUGUAUUAUGCAAGAAAUCGCCCAUAAGUAUAACACUGAAACAGUAUAUAUGUAACAAAGAUUAAACUAUCUAUGACAUAUGGAGCAGUGUGAAAAAAUGCCCAUACCACUGACAAGUGCUCAAAGUAAUUUGUCUUACCUUAUAAAAAGUUGUUGCCUUCUAGAGUAUAUAAAGUUUUAGGGGUGGGAGAAACUUGUUGAAUGGAUAGUGAUUGAACACAAUGCGCUGAUAAUACAAAAUGUAACAGGAGAUGCAUUUAAAAUAAGGAGCUGGACUGAAGUAUCAGUAUUGUAUGUUAUCCUGGCUAUUUGUACUGAUAGUAGAUUAGAGAAAGAGAACCUGGCUUGGAUUCAAGACCAGAAAGGAUUUUCAUACACAAAGUUGAUUAAGGAUAGAAGAAUGGGUUGUACAAUUGCAAAUGCCAAUUUGAGGUUAGGAAGGGGUAGUUUCAUAAAAUAAAAAGAAAACUUUCCAUUUAGUGUAAAACUUAACAGUUCUUGAUUUGAAAAGAAGUUGAAGUUUUGUGCCAUCACUGAAAGACGGGAGGAAAAUUUGUACAUUGUUUUAAUCAUGAAUUCAUAUAAAUCAUUAACAAAAGUCAUCUGUAUGAUGUUACUUUUUCAGUAACUUUUAAAUGAUAUCAUGUAAUGCUUUCAGUUCAAUUUCAAAUUGUAACUGAAUUGCAUCUGACCAAUCAGAGUGUCCCAUUUUACCAUAUCAGGCAUUUCAGAUUAAUCUGUCUACUAAGUGUUUUAUUUUAGAUGAUAGAAGUAUUCUUGUGGGCAUUUUAUUCCUUCAGUGAAGAAAUGUAUUUGAAGAAAAUUUUGCGAAAAUCCAUAGUGACUUCAUUUGACUUGUUAACAAUACAUUUGUACAUGGAUAGCUUUGGUGUGAUAGUACCUAACAAAGCAUGUGUUAUUAAUAUUCAGAUUUUAGUAUUCAUUAUAGUUGUAACAAAAAAAAUGAUAUGAUAUUUAGUAGGCUCAACACAUACUGCUGAACAUUUAGAUUUGAAAUUGAAAAUUUCAUCUUUUUCUUAGAAGUGUGUUUAUGUUAGGGAGUUUUUUUCAGUCUUGCAUUUACACAUAUUCUCUUAAUUACUUAAGUUUCUUAAAGUUUGACCACUGGUGUGAAGAAUCUUUUACCUUUAAGAGCUUGGCUUUUAGUAGUAGACACCUUUGUCUUUGUUGAAGGUAUUUCAGUGAGAUAAUUUAAUGAGUAUUGUGUUCAAGAUGUAUGUGUAGUAUGUGGAAUUGUGUACGACUUAUUAUGUAAGAUGUCUCUAUAAUCGACUUAGGCCACAGCAAGCAAAUUUUAUGGAUGACAUUCUCCUGAGACUCCCAAAUUUAAUGAGAGAGAACAAAAAAAAGCAAGAUUUACAGUCUGAUUUCUGUAAUCAAGAGGUACACAAAGUGCCACUAGUGUGGGGUCAUUUACCAAGUUGACAGCUAACGUUACAUUCAUGGCUACCACAUUGAUGUAACUUUUACUAUCAAAUUAGUUUCACUUCUACAACUACGGUCAUGGCUACAUGUUCAUCAUUAGUGUCAUUCUAGAGGUUUUUUUUUUUUCUAAUAGCAGGCAAAAAUUGAUGAGAUAUGUUGAUGUCAUCCAUAAAUUCAUUCGCUGUGGCUGUACUCAAGUAACAAUAGAUUUGUGCUGAGAAAUGCUUGUAGUACUUUUAAAUUGCGCUGAUAUCUACAUGUAUCUGUACAUUGCUUCAAUGGGACGUACUAUAUUUAUUACAAGAAGAA